CAAAUCCCAACCACUACACAUUUCGAAAUUCUCGAAAACGAGACUGUUGUUACCACCAUUGCAAGGUUUAAUAAAAAGUCAAAAUUUUAGCAUGAGCAGUUCAACUGGAAGCCAAGGAAAUAACGUCCAGGGCCGUAAAUACGAGUUGGAAUUUGACCAUACGAAGGUCGAUAGGAAUGGAACAAAAACGGAAGCUAAAGUGCUAGGUACCGCUUUUAAUGUUCUUUUGGUACGAGCGAAAAAUCAGUACUUUGCUACUGCUGGAAAAUGUUCACAUUAUGGUGCUCCUUUGGUGAACGGUGCUGUCACUUCGAACGGUAGAAUCGUGUGCCCUUGGCACGGUGCUUGCUUCAAUAGUGCGACGGGAGACGUCGAAGACUCACCAGCCAUUUCAGCGUUACGUACGUUUCCAAUUUCUUCAACAGAAGAUGGACGUCUUUUCAUCGAGGUGAAAGAUGAAGGCGACGGUGGCUCCAAGUUCUUACAGCCCGAGGGUUGUUGGAGAAACAAGGCUACCGAGGUUUACGAGAAGGGAAGCGUCCAAAAUCAAGCUUCUGCACCUCACGUAUGCAUUGUCGGCGGUGGUAAAGGAGCUUCUGUAGCUGCCGAGUAUCUUCGUGAACGUAAUUACAAGGGAAGGAUCACCGUCUUGACUCGUGAAGAUGUCACUCCAUACGAUAGACCGAAGCUUUCAAAGACGUUGAUGCAUGAUCAUUCAAAGAUUGCUUUACGGUCCAAAGAAUAUUAUGAUGAACUGGACAUUGAAUUCCGUUUCAAGUCUAACGUAAACAAAAUAGAUCCUAAGACAAAAACUAUCUACUACGGCGACAACGAAUCUUUGAACUACUCAAAGGUCAUUUUAGCUACUGGUGGUGAAGCCAACAAACUUCCCCUUCCAGGCCUCGACGCCUCUAAUGUUUACUGUCUUCGUUCCCUAGCAGAUGGUACCAAGUUGGCAGCUGCCACAAACGAGUCCGGCCAAAAGAAGAACAUUGUUAUUAUUGGAAGUAGCUUUAUCGGACUCGAACUUGCCAUUGCUUUGAAGGAUCACAAUGUAAGCAUAGUCGGAAUGGAUUCUGCUCCGUUCGCCAAGAUUAUGGGUGAAGAAAUGGGCAAUGCCAUCAAAGCUCUGCACGAACAGAACGGUACCCACUUUUAUUUGAACAAUUCCAUAAAGGAGGCCAAGAAGUCUUUAGGCGAUUCUUCUAUUGUAGACAAAGUCGUUCUCAAAGACGGCCAAAUCCUGCCUGCUGAGGUUGUUGUAUUGGCGGUUGGUGUCAAGCCUAACUUGAGCUAUAUAGCGGACCAUGUUCAACUAGAAAAAGACGGAGGAGUUAAGGUAGAUAAGAAUUGCCGCGUCCAAGGUCUUGAAGAUGUGUAUGCCGUUGGUGAUAUCGCCCAUGCUCCUUAUGCAGGAUUACCUGAAAAUGUUAUUACACGCAUCGAACAUUGGGACGUUGCUGGAAAUACCGGACGUGUAGCCGCAAACCACAUUUUGUUGGGAGAAAACGCUGAGUACACUACGAAAACAUUUACCCCCUUCUUCUGGUCUGCUCAGGGCAAGCAAAUUAGAUACUGUGGUAACAAUGCUGCAGAGGGCUUUGAUGAUAUCGUUGUUCAAGGAUCGGUCCCUGAUUACAAAUUUGCUAUGUUUUAUACGAAGGGAGAAAAGGUUGUCAGUGUCAGCAGUAUCAUGAAAGAUCCAACUGUUUCUCAAUGCUCUCGUCUUUUCCUUACUGGAAGCAUGCCCACCAAGUCCCAAUUGAAGGAAGGGUUUGACGUUUGCUCCAUUGAUCUGUAAACAAGGUAACUUGAUACAAUCUUUUAGUUAAUGACUUAGUUUCUCGUAAUGCUUUUUACUAUUAUUAUGAAUUUAAAUAAUUUGAACACAAUCGCUACAAGUAAAUCCAAGAUUUUUUUAUCAUAUCCA